AUGUCAUACCAAACUUCCGGUAUAGCCUCCUCCUCCUUUUCCUCCGUCCCUGCAUUUUGUCCCUCUCCUUGGCCCAGGACAUCAUCCGAAAAAUCCCGGGACCCCUCACCCACACUCUUCUCUUCCUCCUCCUUACCCCCUCCGCCCAAGGAGGACAUCGUUCCGGGGACCGAGAUAUUCUGGGUGGUCCUUCAAAUCGAAGGGAUUUGUCCUCCUGUGGCCAAGCGGAUGCUUGAGCGGGAUCCGAGCCUCAUCGGCUCGAUGAUGUCUUCGGCCAAGUUCCGAAAGAUCUUUUUUCCGGCGUUGGACCAGAUGAUGGAGGACUUGGAGUGUAAGGAGGUGUGGGAUCUGGUCAUCCUCUUGUACGGGGAUGAGGAGAGCAGUGAUGGAAAGCUGUGGACAGAUGAGGAGGUCCAAAAUUGGCUUGAGAGGGAUUAG